AUGAACAUAGCAAUUGAUAAGCUCUAUAUAAUUGAUGAAUUCCAUGCUGACGUUAAAACUGGCCAUUUAAUCCAAAUGACGACAGGACUUUGCUUAAUGUGCAGCAAUGGGCUUGGUGUGGUUUGGAUGAGGAAAUUGUUUUCUGAAGAGACAUUGCUUUUUAUAGGGUUGAACUUCUUUACCAUGACAUUCAUGCUAUUUUUCUUCUUCUAUCGCCUAUGGAUGAUAGUGAUCAUUAUGCCAUUCGCUUGUUUUGGAAUAAGUUUGGUUACAACAUCGGCUGACAGCCUCCUCACAUCACUUGUGACUGUGAGCGAGCAGGGAACUGUGCUCAGCAUUGCGGCAACUUUCCACUCUUUCGUCCGUACCUUUGCUCCAGCAGUUUCCGGAUUACUAUUGGAGAAACACGGUUUCAUGAUUUUCCCCUUUUUGGGGACUUUGGCAACAGCCUUUGGUCAUGCAACUAUUUUAUUAUUUCCAAUCAGAACACAUCUGUUCAAAAAGCAGAGCUGA